CUAAAACCACACUCAUCUACUUCAGAAGGGAUUGCCGUUCGGGAGAUAAUCAAUGGUGUAAACGCUGCACUCUAAGGUGUCGUUGACGUGCGGCCUGAUCAAGCCCCUUUGGGGGACGCCCGGGGAACCUCUGUUUCUGUUAUCCUGCUGAUGUGAGUUGGUAGCCUCUUGGCUCAGCAUCCUCCAAUGGUGAACUGGUGGUCCCUUGGGACUCCCUUCGGGUGUCAUCUUUAGCUUGGGCGUUCAAGGAGUUCCCGUUCGGGAUGCGGCAGUCAGCUUCCCAGUUGGGCGGUGCAGCGAGUAAACCGGGCGGGAGCCCGGGUUGGUGAGAUCAUCGGAGGUGGGCCCUCCGCAAUCCCAGGUCAGCAGCCAUCACGGUCUCGUUCGUUCCCUAAUCCUGGAAAUGGGAUUCUUCUAUUGGAGCGUGGGUCCCUUAGUUGAAUCGCCCGGUAUGUAGCCCCCAUCAUGAAGUUCCCGUUCGGCAGGUUGACUCAGAGGUACGCGGGUUAGUGUAACAGGAUCCCACUUGCUUAUCUUUUUUUCUAACUACUGGGAGAACUUCCCGUUCGGUAAACAAAGUUGUUGUCUUAUUCUUGGAUCAAGGGUCCGGAUGAUGGCUCGCUAGCCCUGGAUCGAGUUGCCCGGAUGUCAAGGAUGAAUAGCUAUAGACCGCUCGGGAAUUUCUUUGGUCUUGUAAAUCCUUUGGUGAGUUCAGCAGGAUGUGGUUGUCAUGAUCAUGCCCCUAAAAAGUCUUCGUGUUGUAUAGCUUCCCACUGAGCGCUCUAUUCUACCGUUCCGAUUAUUUUGAUCCGCCACCACUGAGAUACGUCCAGCCCUCUGUGUUGGCCCUAACGUCGGUUCGGGCUAUAUCUGAAUAUGGCCCCACUCGGGAGAUACCGCCGUUCGACCCCUGGCUAUCUUCCGUCUUAUUUUCCGGUCCAAGUUUUACCUCAUUUUGCGUGUCUUGUCAGGACACAUCACAUCCCACAGCUGCUACUUCCCACAUGAUGUGUGAAUAGAGGUCAUUCUCCAAGUUGCUAGUUGUGCGGGUCCCAUCCCAACAUGGCUCUCCUGCUGCUGUCCCCUGUACUAAAUUCUACGGCGGUCCAUCCACAGCUGCUAUCUUUUGGAGAGGGUGAAGCUACCUCACAUGGUAAAAUAUACGAUUAUACGGGCAUACGGCCCAAAAUUGGAUCCAGGAUUUCUCAAGUGGUGCCCGGUGGUCUUCCAUUCAUUAACAAUACGGAUCUUCCCAUUUUCUUCUCAACCCUGCGCAAUUCAGGAAGAAGAAGACAUCGCACUUUGGAAAAUGGGGAAGCAGCCAGUUAAAUUGAAGGCCGUCGUUUACGCUCUAUCUCCGUUCCAGCAGAAGGUGAUGCCUGGCCUAUGGAAGGACCUUCCCGGCAAGAUCCACCACAAAGUUUCCGAGAACUGGAUCAGCGCUUCCCUCUUACUUGGACCUCUCAUCGGCGUCCAUUUGUAUGUUAAGCAUUACCAGGAAACUGAGAAGUUAUCUCACAGAUAUUGAAUGGUUGAAGAUGGGAAACUAGCAGCUAAAUCCCCCUUUUUGUUUUUUGGAUUUUUACCUGAAAAUAAGGUGUUGGUACGAUGGUUUCAAUUGUGUUUCCCUGCUACAUGUGGGCAUAAUGUGCUAGUUGAUUUCUCCCUAUCUGAAAAUAAACUGAAUACAUUUCUUGUUUGUUCCAGAUAUGUUAGUUACCUGUGAAUUAGUUUGAAUCCGUAA